CUUCUUUUGUCAUAGUUUCUCACCCAACAAUCUAGGACGGAAACAGCUCCAAAUGUUCCUUAUUAUAUAGUCGCCGAUGAGCUUCCCCUCUGCACUCGGACGGUCAUCACCAUUCCAAUUACCAAUACCAUCCCUGUUAAGAGCCUGCAAAACCAUUAAAGAACUAAACAUAGUGCAUGCCCGUGUCAUCUACACAGGCUUAGAGCAAGACAAUUUCCUGAUUACACAAUUUAUUUCUCUCUGCAGCCAAUUUCCGCCCACCAACCUUAAGUACAUCACCAGCAUUUUUAACCGAGUUAUUAGCCCCAAUAUUUAUCUUUGGAAUAAUCUGAUUAAAGCCCAUUGUGAGGAUUCUGAUAUUAGUGAAUGUUUCUUGGUUUUUAAGAGAAUGAAAAGGGAGUCAACUGUGGGUCCUGAUAAGUAUACUUUUCCCUCUUUGAUUAAGGCUUGCUCUAAUGCAAACGCUUUGAGGGAAGGGAGAGUUAUUCAUGGGUUGAGUGUAAGGUAUGGGACAGAUGGUGAUGUGUUUGUGGGCUCCAGUUUGAUUGAUUUGUAUGGUAAGUGUGAGGAGAUUAACUCUGCACGCAAGGUGUUUGAUGGAAUGAACGUGACAAAUGAGGUCUCUUGGACGGCUAUGAUGGUGGGUUAUUUAAAUUCUGGAGAUUUAUUCAAGGCGAAAUAUCUAUUUGAUGAAAUGCCUGUGAAGAGCUUGGCUACGUGGAAUGCCAUGAUUAAGGGGUUGGUAAGGUUGGGUGAAUUAAAGGGUGCUAGGAUUUUGUUUGAUAAGAUGCCGGAGAGAAAUAAGGUCUCUUUUACAACAAUGAUUGAUGGGUAUGCCAAGGCUGGUGACAUGGCUACUGCAAGGUUGUUGUUUGAUGAGUUAUCAGAAAAGGACUUGUUUUCAUGGUCUGCAUUGAUAUCAGGGUAUGUGCAGAAUGGGAAGUCCAAUGAGGCCAUGAAAGUUUUCGGCGAAAUGUGGGCCAUGAAUGUUAGGCCGGAUGAAUUUAUAAUGGUGAGCUUGAUGUCUGCUUGUUCCCAAUUGGGGUGUUUAAAGCUUGCAAAAUGGGUUGAUUUUUACAUAUGUAACAACUCGUUUGAUCUUGGACGCGCUCAUGUUGCUGCGGCUCUUGUGGAUAUGAAUGCAAAGUGUGGGAAUAUGGAGAGAGCGAGUUUUUUGUUUGAGAAAAUGCCUAAACGUGAUUUGAUUUCGUUCUGUUCCAUGAUACAGGGGUUUUCCAUGCAUGGGAAUGGUGUUCAAGCGGUUGCACUGUUUGAUAGGAUGAUAGAUGAAGGGCUAAGGCCUGAUGAUGUGGCAUUCACAGUAAUCUUAGCAGCAUGUACACGUGCCGGCCUUGUUGACGACGGAUCUCGUUAUUUUGACAUAAUGAUUAAUGAAUACUCUCUGAGUCCAUCUCCCGAUCAUUAUGCAUGUAUGGUUGACCUUCUAGGUAAGUCAGGAAAACUGAAUGCCGCUUACGAGCUCAUUAAAUCGAUGCCUGUGGAGCCUCAUGCUGGUGCUUGGGGUGCUCUUCUUGGGGCUUGUCAGCUACAGUGUGACACUGACUUAGCUGAGAAAGUAGCACAUCGACUUUUUGAGCUUGAGCCUCACAGUGCUAGUAGUUAUGUCCUUUUGUCCAACAUAUAUGCAGAAGCAAAUAGAUGGUUGGAGGUAUCACAUUUAAGGGGCAAAAUGAGCGAGAGGGGACUUCGAAAGAUACCUGGUUGCAGUUAUGUAGAGUUAUAAGUCUCAACUCGAUUCCACAUUUUUGAAGUGUUGUCGCAGUGUAAUUCUACUAAGUUCAAUGAGUUGGAGACCGACUUUUUGCUUGGUUCUGACACAGUCUGAAGCCAACACAUACAUUGCGGCAAUAUAACAUUAUGGAUGAAAGGGUUCACAGUUAAUUGAUAUGCACGAAAUAUUUGUCCAAUAAUGGCAUUGCUCUAUUGACUGAGGGAAUUUACAUCAUGGAUUAAUCAGUGCUGGCUAUAACAGUAUUGUAGCCAUUGUUUGUUGUGUUAUUGGCAGUGUUAUUCGACCAAAUUGGUUUUUGUGAGUAUGGUUAUUCAUUCCUUGUGAAAAUGAUCACUUGAAGGAGAAGUGAAACAGGGGAAAUAAAAAACGAAGAAAAGAGCUCUCUGUUCACUAAAUCCAGUUAAAAUAUUCUGGAUCCUCGCCAUUUAGUACCUGAAAGGAUAUGGUUGAAUGGAAUGCAAAGAAGUGUUAUGCAGCACACUGAAAAAGAAGUUCUAUGAUGCAGAUUUUCUCUGAAAAGAAGUGAUUCAGGUUCAUCGAAGAUGUACCAAUUUUCUUUUUUUGCAACUGGUGGAAGGAAUUGACCAAAAAUUGAUAUGCUACUUGGAUAUUCUUUGUCACUCUCUGCGUUGAAAGUGGCCUCUGCUAAGUGUAACCUGGAAUUCUUUUAUGUUCAGAGGCCCCGAAUUUUCUCUAAGAUACACCUGCGGCAACAAUUAUCACUUAUCCAAUUGAAUGCAAAUUUGUGUACUUUCAUAGUAUCUGAAUCAGACUGGUACCAUCUUUAAAUAUGCUAUAUAUUAUGGCAUUUUAAAGAGCUUGUAUGUUGUUGUGAUAAUGAUUGUUACUGUGUAUUUUACUUGUCAAGACGCAAAAAGAAGAAAAAGAUAUUCAGCCUGUUUGGGUCCG